AUGGGGAAAGACGAGGAGGAAAUGAGGGGGGAAAUUGAGGAGCGCUUGAUAAACGAGGAGUACAAGAUUUGGAAAAAGAACACCCCUUUCCUCUACGAUCUGGUCAUAACCCACGCGCUCGAGUGGCCGUCGCUGACCGUCGAGUGGCUGCCCGACCGGGAGGAGCCGCCGGGCAAGGACUAUUCGUUGCCGCUCGAGAAUGCCGAGAAUGAUGCCCGCCAGUAUGACGAUGAGCGAUCCGAGUUCGAUGGGAAGUUCAGGUUAUGGAAAUUGGUCAUGGUCGGGUUGGGGGAAAAAUCGGUUCUUUACAAUUUGCUUAAGGAAUUGGAAAAGUUUUCUGAAUUUUACUUUGGGUUUUGGCUCGGUAGUGACGGCAAUGGAGCUGAUCCGGAGCCACCUACUUCGUUUUAG